GGAAGUGCCGGUGCGCAAGGUAGCUCGGCAGGCGGAAGCGGCUUGUCCGCCGGUAGCCGCCAUGCCGGGAGACCACCGCCGCAUCCGCGGGCCGGAGGAGUCCCAGCCGCCGCAGCUGUACGCGGCCGACGAAGACGAGACGCCGGCUGCCCGCGACCCGACGCGGCUACGACCGGUGUACGCGCGCGCCGGGCUGCUGAGCCAGGCCAAGGGCUCGGCCUACCUGGAGGCGGGAGGCACCAAGGUGCUGUGCGCCGUGUCGGGCCCGCGCCAGGCCGAGGGCGGCGAGCGCGGCGGCGGCCCGGCGGGAGCGGGCGGCGAGGCCCCGGCCGCCCUCCGGGGCCGCCUGCUCUGCGACUUCCGCCGCGCGCCCUUCGCCGGCCGCCGGCGUCGCGCGCCCCAGGGCGGCGGCGAGGAGCGCGAGCUGGGUCUGGCGCUGCAGGAGGCCCUGGAGCCAGCCGUGCGCCUGGGGCGCUACCCUCGCGCCCAGCUCGAGGUGUCGGCGCUGCUGCUGGAGGACGGCGGCUCCGCGCUGGCCGCGGCGCUCACGGCCGCCGCGCUCGCCCUGGCCGACGCGGGAGUGGAGAUGUAUGAUCUGGUAGUGGGCUGCGGCCUGAGCCUCGCCCCGGGACCCUCGCCCACUUGGCUGCUGGACCCCACGCGGCUGGAGGAGGAGCACUCGGCAGCCGGCCUCACGGUGGCGCUCAUGCCGGUGCUCAAUCAGGUGGCCGGCUUGCUGGGCAGCGGGGAAGGCGGCCAGACUGAGAGUUGGACGGACGCGGUGCGCCUGGGCCUGGAAGGCUGCCAGCGCCUCUACCCAGUGCUGCAGCAAUGCUUGGUGCGGGCUGCCCGCCAGAGGGGCGCCGCCGCCCCGUCCUGAUCGGGGGAAACCUGAGCAACCACGAUGCGGAAGACUACUGUCGUCCUUCUCUCCCAGAAGGACCGGAGCUGUUGGUCGCCUGGCUUAGCUGAGCCGAGAAACGAGAGUGGGAGGUAGCGCGCACAGAACCAAAGCACUGGACAGCUGUGUUGGGACGAUUUAAAGGGCCUUUGCAGCCACCAUCCAGUUGGAAAAGUUUGAAAGCCUUACUCGAAAGUUGGAAAGGACUUAAGCUGGAUUACCUGGUAAAUGAGACCUAGGAGCUGUGGUCUUCUAAGGGAUGGACCCUGUGCGGCCAGCCGUUGGCUCCAAUGUAUGAUAAACUGCUUCUUUUGAGAGGAUGGACAAGGGGACUUUGCUUUCUCACUACCCGAACUAAAACAUAAAAAUCUUUUUUAUAACCUGAAAAUA